AGCUCAUCCCAUCUACAAUACUAUUACUUGUAAAAGCCCACGGUAGAUGCGACUCCUCUCUGAAUCUGUACGCGUGACUUGCCAUGCGCGCGUCUUACAUUCUUCGCUCAGCUUGCGAGGGACAUCGUCAUGCAGGCCGUUGUCUCCAGCUGGUUUCAACAUACUUAGCCUGUCGGGCGCGCCUUGUGGACGCUCGAUCCAAAUGGCAUGCGUUCGUCUCACUCUAUGUUUCUACCUAGACACGAACAUUAUGCGUGCCCAGGUAUAUUUCCGCCCUCAGUGUCAUCAUUCGAGUCAUCAUGCAUUUCGCUUUGUCCCUUCCUUUCGCUUGUGUUUCCUUCUAUCUCACAAACUGCUCUCACUCCAAAUUCACGUUUCUUCACUUCCCACAAGACAUUGCGCAACUGGCCGGCCUUGUUCAACUUAUCAAAACGAGAGGCUGGUGGCAUACGCCUACAUAAUUAUCUCGCAACAACAUUGCUAUCAUUCGAUAUGCAUCAUAUUACAACAGAUGAGCCUCUCAACCCCAACCAAUCGCGCAUGUUGCAGCAAGAUCAAAGCUGUCGUAAUUGCAUCUGUAUACCGGGCUGUAAACGACCAUGAUACCUUGUGGCUUGAAUUGACACGUCUUCAUCAAUCGUCAGUUGCGGUCUCAAUCCGUGGCUUUCCAAUCAUAUGGUCGUGAUCUUAGCCAAGUUUAUAUGUCACUUAGCUUCUACGUGUUUGUAUUCUCUAG